CGCACGCAGUCGCUCGGCGCCAGCGAAGCAGCCCGUCUCCAAGACCGCCACCGCCGGAGCCGUGCCACCCCUUCCCUUCAAGAUGUGCAGCCGCCGAGUCGCAUUCACUGUCCUCUGCGUGGCCUUGGUGCUAGCAGUCGUGACACAGCAGGCGCACGCAACCAAGCUCAAGAAGCUGGCAAAGUACGCGAUCAUCAGCGCCGCCCUGGCCCCAAGGGUGGUCCCUGUUCCUUUCCCAGUCGGCCACCACCACCACCACGCGCACCACCCUGCUCCCGCCUGGCCCGCAGCUCCCGCCUGGCCCGCAGCUCCCGCCUGGCCCGCAGGAGGAUGGCACGGAGGAUGGCACGGAGGCGUGCAUGCUGGCUACGGCUGGUGAUGAGAGAACCACUGCGGACACGGUUGGCCACAGAGGCUUGGAGCACGGCAGGGUCUGACAGCCAGGAGGUGCCUGUACUGAGACUCGUCGUGAAGCAUUCCACUUACGCCCAUUCACCAAGGCGUGACGGAACAGAAGCACCUCCGUGGCCGGACUUUGAAUUAAGCCCCUACACGAACGCAACGGCUCGACGGCAGCUUUCGCUAGAGGCGGCCAAGGUCAGCAAUCUUGGCAAGGUAUUGAAGCUUCACAGACCUGUCCAGUAUCAGUAUCCUGGCUGCAAACAAGACAAGUUGUAGCAAAUGCCAUAACUUCGAGCUGGUGUGCAGUAGAGGGAUGUGUGAUAGCUAUAGACGCAUUAGAUGAACUCGUAUUACAACCUACUAGUCUUACUAGUCGCUAACGUUUAUGUCGUAGUCUCAAGCUCACUUUAAAUACCAGUAACGACAAAGUUUACAGUUUAUUAGCUUUACGCCAGGGAGGUAAACCUAACGUAUCACUACCUACUUCACGAGCUCGUAUACAUUACAAAUAAUUUAGGGCUGAGGCACAGCCGAGUUAUAAACACGCGAGACAACCACAUACCAUUCGUUUGACACUUUUGUUUUAAACUGUCGCUGGCGUCGUAUUAGUAUUCCUAUAUUCACCCGACGUGUCCGCUCUCACUUACUCCGCGGCCCAUUAUUUCUCAGGACUCGUGCUUAUACCUCUGAAACAAUGUUCAACCUGUAAAUAAAUGUGUUUAUUCUCUC